UAAACGUCAUAUUAAACAUAACCUAAUGAAUUUAUCAAAACAAUGUUAUCUGCAAUUAAUAAAUAAACUAAUAAAAGUAGUAAAUAACAUCGAAAAUGGAAAAACAAGACGAAUUUGUUUAUAAUUAUUUUAAUUUAAUAUCUCAAGCUUGNAAAGAAAAGGAAGCCCAAAGAAUCUCACAAACAACAACAUGGGUUUUAUUUCUAACUCAGUUAGGUCACAUUUCUUUAGCUGAGAAAAAUUAUGUGGAAAUUGGAUUUCUCCAAAAUAAAAAUAAAAGCUUUCUCCGCAAAGAUAAUUCGUUAAAGUCAAUAUAUGAAUCAUUAAAGCAAGAUAUAAAGCGUUUGGAAGAUGCCUCUGCUCAAGAUAGACCUGUCAUAAAUUAUUGUCAGAACAUUAUUCAAUUUCUAGAAGCCCGCAUCAAUGUAAUGGAUUUUUAUGAGAAAGUUUAUUUGUCUGGGCUAGGAAAACAUUUAAAAUUUAAUGAAAAUCUCAUACAAAUUGAAAAUUUAAUACAAAAGCAUUCCUUGGGGUUUGCAGACAUUAGCAUGGCACCUUUGAAGGCUGUUUUUAACAUGGAGUGUGAAAUAUUAGAACAGUUGUUUAAGGCUCUAAAUGAACUUCAAAGAUUGCAGUUUUUGCCAUCGUUAGCUCUUAUCCAUGGGGCACAUGCAAGACUUGCUGCAUGGGAGAAUAAAAUACAAAAUAAAGAGACAUGGAAAUUAGGCUUUUUGAAGAAUAAUCCUUUACCAGCCCUCUGCCAAUGGCUUCUUAAGUUUAAAGGGGCCGUUCUUAGUAAAUUUAGUCUCUAUUUUCAUGAUACUCUUGCCCAACAUACAACGCACAGCGAAAUGAAACAACACAGUUCUAAAUUGCAAUAUGACUAUUAUCAGAAGAUUGUGGCUUUUCAGAGGAAGUACGAUGCCUUAUCAAUUAUGUUAUUAUCUGAUAACCAAGUUAGCUGUGAUGUUACAAAUUAUGAGAAUUUUCCUGUAAUCACCUGUUAUCCCCCUAGAAUCACUCCUGACGUGAAAAUGGUCCUUAAAAUGAUUGUAGACACAGGACAAGAGUUGUUAUUGCCCGAUAAAAUUGUUUACAAGUAUAGUUUACAGGAACAAUGCACCUACAUUUUGUCGACAGUGGAGGCCAACAUCUAUUUGGUGUUAAUUUUUGAAAGUUAA